AGGGGGUCAGAAUGAGGUGUAGGGUGUUGUCACCUAUUGUAGUUUGCCAGUCUUGUAGUUACAUUGAAUACAAUCUCAGACUUUUUGAAAAGGGGGGAUGAUAACAUUCUAACUGCUCUGGUAUUCUGAGAAGUACAAGAGUUAGUACGUUCUUCUAUUAGUAUUUAAUAUUUUCCCAGUCCAAUAUGCCUCCCCUAAAAAAGUGUUGCCUUCCUCCCUGAACAGCCAAUAGGAACCAAAAAGGGGGUAAAAGGGUGAAACGUUCCUUUCUUACAAAUCUGCUGCUCACAACAAAGGAAUCGCACACACCGAGCUGAGUCGAUUCUUUUAUAUACGUCCAUGUACAAAUAACGAUCCAAGUAGGAGACAAGCCAGAAGUGUUUUGUUUUCAGGUUCCAACCCUAGUUGAAAACUGACCCCGUGAGAUGGCCAUUGAUACCGCCAUCAGUAUUCCGCGGGUGCAGAACUGUUGCUGCUGCUGUUCACUGAAGUGUGGAGUCAUCGCUCUCUCUGUUGUGUUUAUGGUACCUACCUUGCUCAACCUUGUCCUGUCUUUAUUCAUUUCUACCACAACUGAUGUCAGUAUAAGCAGACUCCUCAGUCCUUCCGUUUUCGGAUAUUACGGAGAAAUCAUUGGAAUCGGGGACUCGAUAUGUGACGUGGUGUUGAUCAUUCUGUGCGUCAUUCUCCUUGUCGGCGCCAUCAAGGGAAAGUAUCUGCUGUGUCGAAUAUGGAUAAUCGGUACGAUUGUCUUCGUGACUAUCAUGUUUAUUUGUGCCAUCGUCGGUUCCUCGUACCAUGGUAUGAAUAACCCUGAAACAGCACACGAGUUGGGCUUCCUGUGGGCAAGCAUAGCUUUUGAGGAAGGCUUGUUGAUUUAUGGCGUCAUCUUGGUGAACUCGUUCGCGGAGGGUUUGCGUGAGACGGAGGCUUCUCUACCAGCGUACGGUCAAGUUGAAGAGCCGCCCGAGCCAAUCUAGAGAAAGAAAACAAACCAACGAAAAACAAAGCGUCAUUCCAGCUAGUGUUAAUCAUGCCAAUUAUACGUUCAUGUAUGGUCGUUUCAG